UCGUUGGCAUCUCCGCGAGGGGCGGAAAACAAGCUUCCGGGAGAGAACGCUUAUUGGAUGAAGGCCCCGUCUAUCUCUUCUACUGCCUCGGCCCCUUUCGAACCUUACAUUUACUGGGUAGCAAAAGAGAAAGUAAGUAUGUUGCAGCUGGAGAUCAAUGAAGCCAAGUGAAUGGGGCUUGAUGUGUAAAUCGAUCACCGCAGCCGAGCGCCAGGUGCUGGAGGACAUCCAUUCAUUUAUGAAAGAGAGCUUGAGUUCCUUUGACUUCCCAUUCUCAGCCUCCUCAUGCCUCCUUCUCCACUAGACGACAGGGUUGUAGUGGCACUCUCCAGGCCUGUAAGACCUCAGGAUCUCAGUCUUUGCUUAGAUUCCAGCUACCUUGAACCUGCUUCCUCUGCCAGUGAGAGCCCUGUGAGUCUUCUCAGCACGGCUGUUGUGUCCAUCAAGGCUGCUAAUCUGACGUAUAUGCCCUCAUCCAACGGCUCUGCCCGCUCCUUGAGUUGUGGAUGCAGCAGUGCCAGUUGCUGCACUGUGGCAACAUACGACAAGGAUAAUCAGGCCCAAACCCAAGCAGGCACCAGCAGCAUCUCUGCCAGCGUAGGAACCUUGACUACUUGCCCAGCAACCCAAAUGGUCAACAACAAUGAGAACUCUAGCCCUCUGAGUCCAUCAGGUGGAGUGGGGAGCCCAAUCUCAGGUCCAACAAAGCAACUGGCAAGCAUCAAAGUCAUCCAUCCCAAUGACCUGGCAAAAAAGAUGACCAAAUGCAACAAAAGCCACCAAGGCCCAGUCAUCAUUGAUUGCCGGCCUUUCAUGGAGUACAACAAAAGCCACAUCCAAGGGGCUGUUCAUAUCAAUUGCUCUGAUAAGAUUAGUAGGAGAAGGCUUCAGCAGGGCAAGAUCACUGUCUUGGACUUGAUCUCUUGCAGAGAAGGCAAGGACUCCUUUAAAAGAAUCUUUUCCAAAGAAAUAGUUGUUUAUGAUGAAAAUACUAAUGAGCCGAGCAGAGUAAUGCCUUCACAGCCAUUGCACAUAGUGCUGGAGUCUCUCAAGAGGGAAGGCAAGGAACCCCUGGUUCUCAAAGGUGGACUCAGCAGUUUUAAGCAGAACCAUGAAAACCUCUGCGAUAAUUCCCUCCAACUUCAGGAGUGUCCUGAAGGCGGAGGUGCUGCAGUGACCUGUACACUACCUCAGUCCAUCCCUACCACUCCAGACAUUGAGAACGCUGAGCUCACCCCCAUCUUGCCCUUCCUCUUCCUCGGCAAUGAACACGAUGCUCAGGACUUGGAGAAGAUCCAGAGGUUGAACAUUGGCUACGUAAUCAACGUCACCACUCACCUCCCUCUCUACCAUUAUGAGAAAGGUUUGUUCAGCUACAAACGUCUCCCCGCCACAGACAGCAACAAGCAGAACCUCAGACAGUAUUUCGAAGAGGCUUUUGAAUUCAUUGAGGAAGCUCACCAAUGUGGGAAGGGUCUUCUUAUCCACUGCCAGGCUGGUGUGUCCCGUUCCGCCACCAUUGUCAUUGCUUACCUUAUGAAGCACACAAGGAUGACUAUGACAGAUGCCUAUAAGUUUGUCAAAGGCAAGCGACCAAUCAUUUCUCCCAAUCUUAAUUUUAUGGGGCAGUUAUUGGAGUUUGAAGAAGAUUUGAACAAUGGAGUCACACCACGAAUUCUUACGCCAAAGCUGAUUGGAGUGGAGACUGUCGUGUGACAGCAAAGAAACACAGGACUGGUGUUUUGUUUUUUUUUAACUUUCCAGAGACUGGGAGGCUUGGGUGAUCCUUUUCUUUUCAGCUUUACUAGAGAAAGCUUAUUAAAAAAAAAAAAAAGACUCUUUUUCGAAAGGUCUUCACAGAUUUUGUGCAGAAUGCCAUUGCAAGUCUAUUCUCAAAGAAAUGGAUGAAGGAGAAAGGCUUAAAAAGAAACCAGCUUUUUAAAAUUGAUAUGUUAAUGAGAAAAAGACCUCCUGGACAUUAUUUAGGGUUUUUGUUUUUGUUUUUUGAGGGGGUGGGUGGUUCAGCUACUUGUAGAGAUUAUGACUAAGUAGUCUGUGCAGGUUCAUAGACUGAGGACAGCUAUAUUAUUUUUAAAAAAAUAAUAACACAACCAGCCAAAAUAAUAGCAAAAAGACUAGAUCCACAGGCCUUGAGUUUGCAAAGACUUUACUAAAGAAAACCUAAGGAAAAUGCUUGCUGGUGCAAAGAUGAUCAGUGCAGCUUAAAUUAUUUGCAAAUCACUUCUCACCCUUCUGACUAGAGAAAAUCUUUUUAUUUCUCGUGUUUCAUCUUCUGGUACUAUUUUUCUAUUUGGGGUAUGGGUAGGUGGAGUAGGACAUUAAACACCAAGGGACUUGACCAUUUUAUGCCAUAUGCCUUUAUUGGCUUCUUGUGCAAUAAUAGUUUUUGGGAAUGGAAAGCAUUUUCAUUUUGAGUGUUCAAACCAGUUAUUGCUGGCUACCCGAUAAUACUAUUUUUUUAAAAAUAGUGCAAAGUUGACUGGCUUGAUAUAGAAGCAGGAAUACAACAAAAGCAAUUAUUCCCCCCCACCCCCUUUUCUGGUUCUAGUUAUGGUGCCAUAAACCUUGUUACAUAUGUAUAUCAGAAUGUACAAAGAUCAAGAAUAAGCAAAGUUUAUUUAAAAUAUUUUUUCGCACAAAAUACUGGCGUGUUUCUGUUUAUGUAAAGAAAAAGUUGAUUAUAAAAUGAAGUGUUUUAGAAUUGUGAGUGUGUGUGUGUCCUUUUUAUUAUUUCCUUAAUAAAACCACUUAGCUAGUUUAGCUUUCCACUUGCGAUAGGUACGGAAGAGCGUGGGGAGCUGGCAUUGACUGCGUGUGUUUUGCCCAGAUAAUUUAUCCAUGAUGUAUCACGUGGCUCCUGUCUCACUUACAGCAGCCUCGUUCAGGCACAACCAUCUUGUCCUAGUUUAGAUGUCGUAUAUUGAACUAAAAUUGAGACUUGCCUCUGUGCUGCUUUCUCUCUUCAACACUUUAAUUGCAUACUUCUGGACUGAUCUGAGAUAUCCCCAGAUGUAUUCACAGAAGAGAAGGAAUGACGUGAGGAGGGAGGGCCUGUACUGUCUUGGCUUGAUCAAGAUGACAUCUGACAGCUGGUCAGUGUGCCUGCAGCAUCAACACACCAGAAGCAUGUUCACUUGGGCCAGCUUACCAUUGACACAAUACUUCUGCAUGCGUGUGGCCCAGUGCAUACAGAACAAAUAGCCAAAACGGAUGGCAGCGACAGGACCUACCGACGAGUUUUUCAUCAAGGGCUCCCAUCAGGUCUCAAGAAGGCAACAGGCUCCUGAAAUGCACUUUCUUCUCCCAUUUCUUCUCUUUUCUUUUUUCCAUCUGAAAGGUAUUUGGCAAGUUCUCAACUUCAAUAUUUCUCAGGGAAUUGACUUUAUUUUUCUGAAGUGUAAAUGCAAAGCAGGGAAAAGAGAAGCCAUAAGGGAGGAAAGUAUCAGUCAUUUCAGGGAAUGCACAUGUGCAGAUGUCUCUGCUUCUUGGGAUUUUUUUUCUUUUUUGCCCGUUUUUAAUUCACACGAGGGAGUAAUUCUGACACUGGUAGAAUGUGUGCACUGAUUCCCAGGUGGCUGCAUAACAGAUGGGAGAAUCACAAAGCAGAUAAAAGGUUGGAAAUGUGCAGAAACGUCAUGUCAUUUUUUUAGGUUUGGCAUCUCCAGUUAAGGAGUGAAGUGGCAGCAUAAGAAGUCAUAGUGCAGACUUAUCAUUAACUAAUUCAGUUUUCAUUUUGCACCAUUAGAGCUAUUUAAAUGUCCAAAAGAACCCAAUACAGUUGUAUUUAUGUGAUUCCUAAAUGGGGAAGAAGUAAAGGCAGAAAUAAAAUGGAGGCAUCUCUCAUGAAGUUGUAAUCUGAGGACUACUCAUUCUCAGGAAAUCAUCUAAUUCUUUGUUUGCCUGUUAUCAUUUUAUUGUCAAUAAAUUGAAUACCCAUGUUCAGUAACUGUUUGAAUCUCCUUGGGGGAAGUCCUUUUGUCUUUCAGUCCCUUUCACUUUGGAAUAAUAUCUAUGUUUUAUUUUUCAUCUUGGUCAUGUCAGUGUGAAAUCAGACUUUGUAAAUCCUGCUUUACCACUGACUUCAUUAGCAGUGCUAGUUUUUCUUAAAUAGUCAUCUAUGAGGGCUCCCAUUUUACAGCAUAAUCCUACUAUUGGUUGAUGGAAAGGUUUGGCAGAAUAAAGUGCUAUGUAAGUGCCAUUCAAAUGAGUCCUUUUGUGCCCCUUUCAUUCAUUUCAAUGGAGUGCACAGAAAACUUGAUGGUAAGUUGUGCCUUCUAUUAAGAUCAGUUUUGAAGAAAUAGGGAAAUAUCUACUGUUAGUAGAACUGAUUUGGAUAAGCAUUGUAGUUGCAGUGAGGUUUUUUUUUAAUUUUUAAAAAAGUAUAUAUACUGAAUGAAAUGAAAGGAGGUAUGGUAGAAGACUUAUGUAUGUGGAUCCCAGACAUGUAUGUAACUGUGUACUUUUGCCAAACAAUGUUAUUAUUAAACAU